AAGUUUAUCGACAGGAUUUGGUGAUCAAUGUGGAAGAUGCACGCAUAGCCAACGAAUUCCCCAAUGAUGAAGAAGAGUAGUAACACAACAACAACCACAACGCGUCCUCAUCAUGACUAUCAACGUUCCUUGAGCAGCAGUUCCUCAUCAUCUGUUGCACCUGCUCCUGCCACCACUGGAAUGCGUAAAUCCAGCGAUUGGCGUAAAGAUGAGAAAUCUGAGAAAUCGGUACGCGAUAAAAUUGCAAUGUUCUCGUCGAGCAAUGAUUUAGAUAUGAUACCACCAUCUCCAAGCACUAGCACCACAAUAUCCAGUUUCUCACGCAAACCAUUGAACAUGAGCAGUGAGAAUCUCUUGGAGGCCUCAACAUCAAAUCCACCUCCUGCCCUCAAGACACGUGCUAUGAGUGUUGAGAAUUUGAAUGAUGUCCAGCGGCAAUAUCAAUUGGCCAAACAAUUGCCCCAAUUGCAUGUGGCUGAUUCGAUGUAUUCGUUAAAUACCACCAACUAUGCAUCCUUGCCACGCAGAAGUCAUGCCUCAUCGGCAUCCGGAUCAUCAUCGUCGUACGGAAAUGGCUCGUCAUCAGCCUCAGCGGUAACAGCUGCCUUGGCGCGUCGCAUUAGUUUCUCGGGUGAGGGUGAGGCGGCCAAUCGUAAGGCUGCCAUAACCAAUAUAUUGGAACAACGCCGUCGUAGUCUAUCGAAACUAAGGGGUCUAGUCAUACCCGAGAGACCACAGCUAUUGGAGCCAAUACUCGAUUUGCCUGAGAUCAAGAGUCAAGUGAAAUUGGCUGCCAGCGGUGAGGAUAGCACAGACAGUGGUCUCGGUGAGACGCGUCCUAGAAUCACAAGCCAAUUGAGUAACUCGGCGGUUGCUUCUGCAGCAGCGGCAGCAGCUAAUAGUCCCUAUCGCAGUAUUUUUGGCACAACACGACGAGGUGGCGGAGGAGGAGCAAGUCUUCCACCCCAAUUGGAUACACAAUUAUCCCAAUCCUUGCAAUCACAACCACCAGCCAAGCCGCCACGUACAUCAUUAGCAACGGCCGCUCUAGUGACAACAACCACAGCACCCAUUCGUGUGAUGCAAUCGCCACAUGGGUUUGCCGAUCAGGAAAGUGACACCGAUUCGGUGUUCUCCACCACAGUUCGUGUCCCCACACCGCCAGAGAAAUUUGCUCUAACACGGACACUUAGCUCAGAGACAAACACAUCGAUAGCCAGCUCCAAUACAUCCACAUUGACAUCGGGCUCAUCGGCCGGUUCGCAGGCUAGUUGCAGUUCAUUGGGUAGCACACCGGCUAUCGAUUUGACUAGACGUCUGUUGAAAACCCAAAUGAAUGGCAAUGAAUUGGCGGCUAAUAAUCGUAAGAGUAUUCUGGCUUCGGCCAAAAAUCGUAGUGCCAAAAGUCGUGGCCAGGAUCAGGAGGAUAAUGAUAGUACUGAUGGUGAGGCAUGUGCUUUGGCUGUUGGUCGUCGCAUGAAACCAAUUUCCAGUUACAAACAGCAGCAGCAACAGCAACAACAACUACUCCAAUUGGUAGUUGAUAAAUUAAUCAAUGUGGCUGCCUAUGAGCUAACAUCCGAUACAGAUGAUAGCAGUCGUCGUUCCGAUUGUCCAGCUAAAAUUAGUGCCAUGUUCAUAGAUGAGGAACGCAAGGCCAGCUUCAAGGGCGAUGAUGGCGCCAAUCAGAAGGUCGAGCAACAAAAACAAAAGCUGCUCUUAGCUGCCAAGCCUGUGAUUCAGAUACCACAAACACUACAAGUGACAGCAGCAGCAUUACAACAACCACAACUAAAACGUGAACCACCAAAGGUGAAAACAGCCGAACUAAGAGAGAAAUUUGAACGUAGCGCUGCAGCAGCAGCAGCAACAAAUCACACCACCACCACCAACAGCAGCACCAAUAUCAUUCCAAUGCCCUUACCAAGUGUCACCAUACACAAAAUGAUAAUUCCUAGCUCCACUCCAAGCAACACCACCACCAUUAACAGCAGCAGCAGCAACACCACCACCACCACAACAACAAAGCCACAUCAUGAGCGUUUCUCAUCGCUGGACUCGUUGGCCUCUAGCUCUUCGGGUGUCAGUUCAACGACACAGAAUGUUAGCACCACCCAGGAGACAGCCACCGAAUUCGGCAGUUUCUCCUCAUUGGGUAGCAAUCAAAGUUUAAUAACCGCUCAGGAUGUACAACAGAUUGUUGAGGAGGCCGAUCCACCGCUUAAGACACCCGAAGCAUUUAUUAUAGUCUUACAAAGGGAUACCCCCGAGAGUAGCAUUGGCAUCACUCUAGCCGGUGGCUCUGAUUAUGAGGCCAAGGAGAUAACGAUACACAAAAUACUGAGCAAUACACCAGCAGCCAAGGAUGGUCGUCUUAAGAAGGGUGAUCGCAUAUUGGCAGUCAAUGGCAUGAGCAUGCGUGGUCUGACCCAUAGAGAAUCGAUAAGUGUAUUAAAGACACCACGUCCCGAGGUUGUUCUGGUGGUCACACGCUCCGAAUCGCUCAUCAUUAAACCCUUGAACAAGAAACGCUCAUCAUUGGGAUCACUCAGUUCUCUGAAUGAGAAGCCCACUGAAUUGGAUUAUGAACGUAAACGAAACUAUCACAAGGCCUCACGAUCUCUAGACUUGGAUUUGGAUAUAGUGUCCAAUGAGGAGGGAGGAAGUGUUGGUGGUGCUGGUGCCACCAAUAAUGGAACACCCACUAGUACACCGAGCACAGGAUCAAAUAGUCCAUCAGCACAAAUAGCAGAUAUGGAUGCUGAGGCAACCAUAGCUGGCAUUAGGGCACGUCGUCAACUAUCACGUGGAGAUGCAGCCAAGCUGAGUACUAGCGAAUUGUUGGAACGUGCCGCUGAAGCCCGCAAUGCCAUAGCAGCGGAAAUUAGGGCGCAAGCUGAAGAUGUUGGCUCUGCCACGAUUGGUGGGGGAGCACGUUGUGUGGAAAUUAUCAAGGAUAGCUGUGGUCUAGGUUUCUCCAUUGAGGGUGGCUUUGAUUCACCCCUAGGAAAUCGUCCCCUAAUUGUGAAAAAGGUUUUCAUGGGUGGUGCGGCUCAAAAAACAAACCAGGUGCGGAAUGGGGAUGCAAUCGUUUGCAUUAAUGGCGCCUCCACAGCGCGCAUGACCCGAGUGGAUGCAUGGAACUAUAUGAAGCAAUUGCCGAUGGGUCCGGUCAAGAUUUCGUUUGCCUAAGCCAAUCAAUCAAUCAACACCACCAGCAAACAAUGCGCCACAAUUUAUACUUAAAUUAAUAUAAUUCAAUUUUUUUUUUUUUGUUUUUUAUG